CGGGAACUUGGCCGCUACCUCUGUCAACUGUUUCGUUGAUUCUUAAAAACAUUCCAUUAGUUAAAAUUCUUUCAGAAGCGGGAUUGACCCUGAAUCUGUGACUGUUGCUGUGAUACUACGUGUCAAAUCGGUGAAGUGUUAUCAAAUUCGUUCUUGCUUUCGUACGCUUAAAAUUCGUACUUUCGGAAAAACGUUCCACAACAUGGGUUGGAUGACGCUGAAAGCCCAUCUAAAGGAGCUGUUCUCCCACAAACUGGAGGGAGAGUCGGUGACACGCGAACGAAAAUUGUCGGCGGUUUCCACCGGUAGCUCCAAAAAUAAAUGGCUGAAGGCUUUCAAGAGCCUUAAAACUCCUCCCCCUGAAGCCGAAAAACCAAAAAACCAAAUGUACCAUGCAGUAUCUACAAUAAUGUCGAUGAGGAAAAACGGGGCAGCAGCCACUCGAGAGCUACUCAAGGGUGACCCAGAUGCUCACAAUUUUCAGGAAUAUACUUAUAAGAAGAUAACCCCUUGUGAUAUCUGUUCUCAGGUAUUAAGAGGUCACACGCGCCAAGGCCUAAAGUGCAGAAUCUGCAAGAUGAAUGUCCACGUGGACUGCCAAGGGAAGGCGUCCAAAUGUCAAACGAAGGCCAGACUCUUAAGGCGGCAGAAGUCCACAUCUGAAAUCGAAACUAGGGUGCCAGAACCCAAUGCUGAGGAUGAAAGGAGAUCUGCUUCACCGUAACAUAUUCCAUGUUACCAACCAGUAACCUAGAUAUUUGAACAUUUUCCAUCCAAUGUUUAUUUCAGCUUUGAAAUUUUAUUAUAAUUCUGGACGAAGUAAUCAUAUAUUUCAUGAUUCCAUAACUAAACUCCAAAAGAAACAGAACAGCUAUUCUUCAUCAAUGUGC